AUGGAGUGUUUUAGAAACUUGGCGGUUUCAGCUGAAGCAGCUGCGGGCUUAUGGGAGUUGCCCGAUACUUUUUUCUUUUCUUUUCUUUUCUUUUUUUUUUUACGUUACUUUUUGUUUUUGUUGGUGUUUUCAUUUGUUCCUCUGAACAUUUGUAUACUUUGA